AAGUAAGGGGCAAUGCAUAUGAAAAAGAGUGAAGGUCGACGUCAAGUGGAGAUUCUGUUUCCAUAUUGUCGUCAACCAUCAUUUCACCAUCGAUGACUUUCUAUCGUCUAUCUUUCCCUCAAUUCGUCUCUCUGGCUUUCCCGGAAAAUAUCACCGUCUCCGAUCUUCACUCUCGGAUUCUUCUCGCUCCUCGACCUCGCGAACUCCUUGUAUCUGGUCUGAUUCGCGUGCCUUAAUCUCGAUCGCCAUUGUUGAACCUCUCCUCCCUCCCCGAGGAAAUUUGAAUUUUAUGCGAGUUGAGAGUCUUCUCCAGUCCCUGUUUCGCAGUUUUGUCGUGAUUAUGUUUUGAAGUUUGUAAUUGGUCUUUGAUCGGGUUUCGUUGUUUGUACUGCCAUUGUUGAGUAUCGAUCUCUUCCCUCCCAGAGAAAAUUCGGAUUUCAGCCAGAGGUUCUUGUCUGCAUUCUAACCGCCCUUUUUUAGGGUUUCGUUCCUCCCGAAUCGCGUUUCGUAAAUUUUUCUGGCAUUGCUGGAUAUCGAUCUCCAGCCUCCCGGAGAAAUUCAAAUUUGAGCCUGAGAGUUUCGCAAUUUCACCACCAAGAGAUUCAGAGAGAGAGAGAGAGAGAGAGUCCGAUCGGAGCAAAUGGAGAGGAUGAAUUUGGGAGGAGGAGGCAUAGGGUACGAGAACGGGGGAGUGGUGAUGACGAGAGAUCCAAAGCCGCGACUGAGAUGGACCGCCGAUCUCCACGAUCGCUUCGUCGAUGCCGUAACUAGGCUUGGCGGCGCCGACAAAGCCACACCAAAGUCGGUUCUGAAGCUGAUGGGCUUGAAGGGCUUAACAUUGUACCAUCUCAAGAGCCAUCUACAGGUGCUCUUAUUGCCCACACACGUACUUGGUCAGCAGCAGGCAAAGAAACAAAACCGAGCAGAACAUGACACAGAGAAAGGCGGAAGUUCGUAUGUGCAAUUCGACCGUCAUUCUCAAGGAGCAUUCUCCAAUUCAUCAAGAAUCGACGGUCUACAAAGGAACAUCCCAUUUGGAGAGUCAUUGAGACAUCAGGUUGAAGUGCGGCAAAGGUUGCAAGAACAGCUCGAGGUACAGAAGAAAUUGCAGAGGAGAAUAGAGGCACAAGGAAAAUACUUGCUAGCAUUACUAGACAAAGCACAGAAGAGCCUUCCAACCUACACGAAUAUUCCCUCUGAUGAGGAUGCAACAAAGGGUCAAUCACCAUACUUCAAUCCGAAGCUUUCGGGGCUUGUAGAAGGUAACAAUGGAGAUGAAAAGAAUGGAAAGAUGGAUUCUAUAACUGGUUUCCCGAACAAAAGUGAAUCAGAAGAUUUUCGAGUAAGUAAACAGAAAGAGAAGAGAGAAACUGGGGAUGGUGAUGAUAAAACAGAUCCUGGGUUGGUGAAUUUUGACUUGAACUCCAAAACCGGGUGUGAUCUCAUCACUUCAGGGAACUUUGGAGUGGAGAUGAAGAUGAAGCCAAGUGUGUUUGCAGAUAGAGACAUUAGGUAAAGUGACCGUUUUCUUUACUUUUCUUUUUUUCCCCAUUUUUCCUGUUACCAACCUCUCUGAUCCGAUCCUCGACCUGAUUGGUCCGACCUGAUGAUACUGAAAUCGCAUUUAGUAUUGAAGUAUAUCUGACUCCAAAGUUGGAUUCGUAGUAAAAUUAGGACGAAAAAGAUUCUGAGAGACAGAGAAGAGUUGUUGUAGUUCUGGUUUCUUGUUGAUUACUUAAAAAAUGAUCUAUUUAUCGUUA